AUGGCACCGAAGGAGAGCACCAAGACGCCCAAGGGCGCCAAAAAGUCAGGCAAGCCCUCUGCGAAAGCCAACGCAGCAGCAAAGGCAACCCUGCGCGGCGUCAACUCGCACAAGGUCCGCAAAGUUCGCACGAACACCUCCUUCCACCAGCCCAAGACGCUCUCGCUCUCGCGCUCGCCCAAGUACCCCCGCAAGUCGGUACCCCACGUCCCUCGCCUCGAUGCCGGCAAGGUCAUCAUUCACCCGCUCAACACUGAGAGUGCAAUGAAGUUGAUUGAGGAGAAUAACACGCUGGUAUUCAUUGUGGAUACCAAGGCGAACAAGAGGCAGAUUAAGCAGGCGCUUAAGACGCUGUACGACGUUGAGACGAUCAGGAUCAACACCAUGAUCAGACCAGACGGUUCCAAGAAGGCUUUUGCCCGCCUUACACCUGAUGUCGAUGCGCUCGACAUCGCCGCUACCAAGCUGGCCAUUGUCUAA